GGGUGUGAUGCAUCAGUACUGCUUGAUUCCACUUCCACAAACACUGCAGAGAAAGACUCUCCAGCAAAUAAACCAAGUCUCCGAGGGCUUGAGGGCUUGGCUAUGAUGUUCCAGCAGGAAGAAGAGAUAGCAGAAUCUCACCAGCUUCAGAUACAAGAACAGAGUUCCCCCUCCAACUUUCAAUGUAAACCAACUCACUCAACUCUUUGCUAGGAAGGGACUAACAGAAGAUUAAAUGGUCACCCUUUCAGGAGCACACACUAUCGGCCGCUCUCAUUGCUGGGCUUUCAGCAGCAGAUUAUACAACUUCAGUAGCACUUCAAGCCAGGAUCCAAGUUUAGAUCCCUCGUAUGCAGCGCUGCUGAAGCGGCAAUGUCCUCAAGGCAGCACAAACCCAAACCUGGUGAUUCCAAUGAACCCUUCAAGUCCUGGAAUUGCUGAUGUAGCCUACUAUGUUGAUAUAUUAGCAAACCGAGGCCCGUUCACAUCUGACCAAACUCUCCUAACUGAUGCUGAAACAGCCAGCCAGGUGAAACAAAAUGCUAGGGAUCCCUAUCUAUGGGCAAGUCAAUUUGCAGAUGCAAUGAUAAAGAUGGGUCAAAUCAGUGUCAUAACUGGUAAUGCUGGAGAGAUUAGAACAAAUUGCAGGGUGGUCAAUGGUGAAGGACUUGAGUACCUUCAUCAAUGAAGAUUUACAAAUUCUAAGUCAUGCUUCUUCUGAGUUUUUUUUUUUUUUGUCUUGCUUGAUUACUGAGCAAGUAACUCAGAUUCUUUUUUGUGUGUAUGUGUGUGUUAACGUAACUGGCAUUCAUCUGUCGGUGAAUCAAAGUUCUUUCUGUUUGCCCUGAAAUAGAUAGCUUGUCAUGUGCAACAAGAAUUCACUCACG